AUGAUGCGACUUAUAUCACGGACAUUCUCCGUGCUACUCGUCGCCUUCGCGCUCGUCCUGCCCCUCGUGGUCCCCACGGCCCACUGUGCUCGAAUCCAACCGACCCGAUACAACCCCGAAGGGCGCAGUGAAACUGGUGGAAGUCACGUCUUCCCGUUUCUGAAAUGGCUACGCGAUAGCACCGUGGAGGUGAUUUUUGGGAAGCCAACCCGGACCAGCCGACAGGAGUAUGGCGCGCAGCUGCAAUCGAGGUAUCGAAAUGACGUCGUGGUCCGGUUCAAUGUGACCAACUCGGAGGAGGAGGGCGCGCUCGCCCAGGCGGCGGAGCAAAUGUUUCUCGACAUCUGGGCCUUUACGCCGGCUUUCGUGGAUGUGAGGUUGGCGAAGGAUGACCUAUCGGGACUUCUUACCCUGCUCCCCAACUCGUUGGAGCCGUCGGUCUUGAUUCCCGAUGUUGCCGCGGCCGUGUGGGCGACCUAUCCCUCGACAUCGGCCGACAAAUCCCCGUUUGACCCGAAAGGCGCGAGUGCUUCCAAGUUCAAGGCUUCCCUGGAAGGAGUGGGGAAUAUUUUUUUCCGAGACUACCAGACAUUGGCUGUCAUCACUAGUUGGAUGCGCCUGCUUGAGGCCAUGUUUCCAUCCAUUGCGAGGAUGGUCAGUAUUGGCCAGUCGUACGAAGGACGGGAUAUUUAUGCCUUACGCGUCGGGGCUCGUGAUGACGACGGCAACACGGAGGAGCCGAGGAAAACCAUCCUUAUCACCGGCGGUCUCCAUGGAAGGGAAUGGAUCUCGACGAGCUCGGUCACCUAUUUGCUGUGGUCUGUGAUCACCUCAUACGAUAACGAGCCUAUGAUCACCAAGUUGCUCCGCCAUUUCGAUAUCGUUUUUGUCCCCGUCCUCAACCCGGAUGGCUAUGAAUACACCUGGCAAACAGACCGGCUUUGGCGCAAGUCGAGACAGCAGACCAAGAUGCGUUUCUGCCGCGGUCUCGACCUCGAUCAUGCAUUCAGCCAUGCUUGGGAUGCCGCCAGACAUCAAACCGACCCUUGUUCGGAGAGUUACGGUGGUGAUCAACCAUUCCAAGCCGUCGAAGCCUCCGAGUUGGCGAAGUGGGCUCGCAACGAGACAGAACACGGGACCAAGUUCGUGUCGUAUCUCGACUUGCACUCGUACUCUCAGCAAGUGCUCUUCCCAUACGCGUACACAUGCUCCAUCGACCCGCCCAACCGCGAGAACCUAGAGGAACUGGGCGUGGGCCUGGCAAAGGCUAUCCGGAUCUCGAGUGGAGAACCGUACACGGUCGCGUCCGCCUGCGAGGGAGCUGUUGCGCGGACAUACAGCGCCACCGACUCGCUUCCGCGUAUCGAGCUUGGAGGCGGGGCCGCGAUUGACUGGUUUUACCACGAGCUCCAUGCCAAAUACAGUUACCAGAUCAAGCUGCGAGACACCGGGAGCUACGGGUUUUUAGUGCCCAACGACAACAUCGUUCCUACGGGCGAGGAGAUGUUGAACGCGCUGAAAUAUCUUGGCGACUACCUGCUUGGAAACAACGGCAUAGAGUCUCUUUUGCAAGAGAGCUCCGACCAAUGGGGGGAUUUAAAACGGCGUCGACGUUAA